ACUUCUGAGCAAGAUCGCAUCUCUGUCCUGCACUUCUCAGUUUCUCUCAGCCUAUUAAAGGGAAGGAAAGGAACCCUACAGGAGCGGGAUCUUGUCUUAACCAUCUUUCUUCUAGAUUCUUACGCUCUUAGAAAGUGGAGGAACCAGCCCUUUGAUGUGAAGGUGUUUAUCUCUGCAUAUCUUUUGUUAUUUAUAGAGACCUAGAAGAAGAGGAAAGGUUCGGGGACUGUCAACACAUCCAUUAAAACAAAACAAUACAAAAACCGACAACGAAUUUCUCGAAAUGUUCGAAAACAAUUAAAAGGAAAAAGGCGUUUUUGAUCUAUCAACUAAGUGAACAAUCAUUCAUACCGUCCACAUCCUGAGAUAGUAUCAUCCCUGGCUGUGGACGCCAGAGAUGACAGCUGCUUUUUCAUUGCUGAAUGUAAAAAAUAUUUGCUGCUUUUAAUAUUUCCUGGAAUUUCUCCCUGAUAUUCCCUGGAAUUUUAACUCUAAAAGAUUGGAGAAAAGAUUAUCAAAAAGGCUUUUACAAGCCUCCAAAAUGAUGCUGAGUCCAGACCAAGCCGCCGACUCGGACCACCCCAGUUCGGCGCACUCAGACCCGGAGUCGCUGGGUGGGGCGGACGCCAAGGUGCUGGGCAGCGUGUCGGACCUGGAGCCGGUGGAGGAGGCCGAGGGCGACGGCAAGGGAGGCAGCCGGGCCACGCUCUACCCGCACCCACAGCAGCUGAGCCGCGAGGAGAAGCGCCGCCGCCGGCGCGCUACGGCCAAGUACCGCUCGGCCCACGCCACCCGCGAGCGCAUCCGCGUGGAGGCCUUCAACCUGGCCUUCGCCGAGCUCCGCAAGCUCCUGCCCACGCUGCCCCCAGACAAGAAGCUUUCCAAGAUCGAGAUCCUGCGCCUGGCCAUCUGCUACAUAUCCUAUCUCAACCAUGUCCUGGACGUGUAG